CAUUCUUUGUAAGAGAUUCUUUGUCAAGAUUUGCAGCAAGGCACAAAGGCGAGACAAAUAGCCAAGUCACCAAGAAAAGACAGAUGACUUACAAAUGGAAAAAACAGUGAGAAUAGAUUUAUAAACAGUAAACCAAAGCAAAAAGACUGACUUAAAUCGUGAGAGGAACUUUACAUCGUGUAAAGGAACUGAAUCAGACAUCAGCCAAUAUUAAGAAGGACAACAUUUUUUCAAGGACAUUUAAUUCAUCAUGGAUCCACUUAACACUCGUUCUCUGACCAUGCCUGUUGGCAUUGUACGGAUGGUGGAAGUUGUGCUGACAUGUGUCGUCUUCAGUCUGGUGGCCUCUGUGGAAUACAUUGACUCAUCAUACUGGGCCUGGUGCAUGUUUACUUGGUGCUUCUGCUGCUUUAUUACUCUUUUUAUCCUUAUAAUGGAAUUCACUAGUCUCCACGUAAGGGUACCCAUCUCCUGGGAUGACUUCACUACUGCAUUUGCUAUGCUGGCUACACUAAUGAUUUUGGCUGCCUCAAUCAUCUACCCCACCUUCUUUGUAUGUUCAUCUUGUUCUCGUCAAAUUGCUGCUACUGUCAUAUCCUGCCUGUGUUUUAUUGCAUACACUAUGGAGGUAGGUCUGACUCGAGCACGACCUGGUGAGAUCAGUGGUUUCCUAUCAACAGUUCCAGGCCUGAUGAAAGUUCUUGAAGCUUUUGUUGCCUGCAUCAUCUUCAUCUCCCUUGAAAAAGUCAACGGGGCAGCCCUGGAGUGGUGUGUUGCAGUUUACUCACUCUGUUUCAUUUUUGCCCUCCUUAUUAUCAUCCUCACAAUCUGCAGGCUGCUGGCUUUGUGCCCCUUUCCAUUUGACAAAGUCCUUACUGGUUACAAUGUACUUGCUGUUAUUAUGUACAUGACAGUAGUAGUCUUAUGGCCUCUUUACAGUUUCCGGGAUAAUCCAAGACCUUCAAACUGCAACCAAUGUUAUUGGGACAAACAAGUGGUAGUGUCCUUUAUGUCCUGUGUAAACCUCAUUGUCUAUAUUGUGGAUACAUGCUACUCAAUCCACCUUGUAUUCAUCACACCUGCAUAAAAGAAGACAAAUGUAACGCUAACAUUUUAAGCACAAUAGAUUGUGCAGUAAAAAAAAAAUAAAGUGCAGUGAAAUUAUUUCAGUACAUCAAAAUAUUGAAUCGAGUAGCCAGCUGUUUGUAAAAAAUAUUUUAAAAGGGUACAUAUUU